GACGCUACACCUCAGAAAAAUGGCGAAGGUGACGCCAAUAUUAUAUUUGUUUGCGGUGGCUGUUGUUGGUCAAGCCCUCACACCUUCAACAUUCCUUACAACGAUAGACCAAGAAAGACUGAAGAAAGUGUUCCAGUCAACCACACCCUACACAGAUUUACCCACAGUCCAUUACUCAAUACUUGGGCUGAAAUUGCUGGGGGAUACCAGCAUUAAUAAUAAGGAAAUAUGCAGCACUAUAACAAGAUUAGUAGAUAAUAAGAGUGUAGCCUCAUUGUAUCAUGCAUCUGCUGCAGCCAAAGGUGUAGGCAACUGCAAGUUUCCUGUAGGAGAAGCUCAGAAAGUGCUGAGUGAUGCCAUCAAGGACUCCGUUCCUGUGGCUGAUAUCUUCUAUGCAUUCUCUGCUUUAAAAAACCUAGGUUUACAAGUUGAUAAUGCUAAAGUUACAUCAGCAUUAACAGAGGCACUUAAAAAGGAUGAUUCACCUUUAAGUGCUGGCUAUGGAUUCUUUGUUGCCUCUCAGUUAACUGGAGACACAAAGAAAAUAUUUGAUAGCAUUGAAGAUAUCAUUGCACAGGCUGAUGAAGUAGAUGAUAAAUAUUUACAAUUUGAAGGAGGGCUUUACACCACGGCUGUAGUUGUAGAUGGAGCAUACCAACUGGCAGUCAAAGAGAAGAAGGCACCAACAAUGUCAGAUGACAAAGUUGUCAAGUUUGCCAACUACUUUUUGAGCAGAAAACAUGUUCACCAGCUGAGAGCAGCUUACCAACUAGUCUCUGUUAUCAAGACCCUCACUGAUAAUCCAUUCCACAUCCCUGUAGCCAUUACACUGGCAAGUCCAGUUGCAGUUACUUCAUCAUCACCAAAUGUACAGAUUAAAGUGACCAAUCUGUUGGGUGGAAGCAUUGGUUCAUUAACAGUGACGGCAGACAGUGCCAAACAUAUCGGCAGUGAAGCCAUUGUACUAAGCAAAAAACCAUUUACUGCAAAAGAUAGCUCGACAUAUGAACUUAACUUCAUGCAGGCUAAACCUGUCCGCGGCUUCUACAAACUUACUAUUAGUGCUAAACCCAGCAAAGAGGACAAGAAAUUACUAGGCCUGACUGGAGCUCAGGUUGAAGUAAAGGUGACUACGCAAGUUUCCAUUGAGAAUGCAGAGAUAGGUGUAGCAGAUAAAGACCAAACAACAGCAGCAAGAACCACUAAACUUCAGUUCCCAAACAAGGCUUCAAAUGUAUUUGAGGCUGACUACCAUCAGAAGAUAAUCCUAAAGUUCCAGCUGAAGGAUAAAGCUGAUGGCAGCAUGAUGUCUGCUCAUCAGACCUUCCUGAAACUCACUAACAAGGAGACAAACCAGGAAAUCAUUUUUGUUGCUGAUGCAGACAGCAACAAGUUCGAUUUGGAUAUUGGAAGCAGUUCUAGUCAGUUUGGAUAUCUCUCUGGAAAAUACAGCAUGGAACUGAUCAUUGGGGAUGCUGUUAUUGAGAAUCCAUUCUCUUGGGUCAUUGGUGAGGUUAGCCUUCACUUCCCAGAGGGCCAGGCACCAAAAGAGAAGCCAGCUGAUCGCUAUGCAAAGAAACCAGAAAUCAAGCACAUGUUCCGUGAGCCAGAGAAGCGACCCCCAGCAGCUGUAUCCACAGUAUUCACUGCCCUGGUCCUGGCCCCUGUUCUUAUUCUCUUAUUGUUGUGGAUGAAGAUUGGAAUCAAUGUCUCCAAUUUCCCUAUGUCCAUUAGUGCACUUGGAUUCCACAUCUGUCUCGCAGCCAUUUUUGGAUUGUACUACUGUUACUGGGUCCAGCUGAAUAUGUUCCAAACCAUUCGUUAUCUCUGUGCACUAGCACUGCCAACAUUCAUCUUUGGAAAUAGAUUAUUAAGUGGAAUAGCUUCAAAAAGAAAAGGCGAGAAGAAAGUUUAAAGCAAAAGUAAUAUAUUAGAAGUUAAUAAAUUACAAAAUAAAAUUAUUUUUAUGUUUUGUAUGUAUAUGUUUAUACUUUCUCUGUGAAUUUUUUAACUUAUUUUUUUCCUUUGUUUAUAAGUAAGUCUGUUUGAAAAUGAAAAUGGAAUAUAUAUGACUUUUUUUUAAUACUAUUUCUUGAAAUGGUAUAAAUGUUAAAAAAAAAUAAAUCAAAAACUUUUAUUUUCAAACUUUACUCUUUGAAUCUAUGGAAACUUUUUUUUUUACAGCAAAAGAGUGCUCUAGUUGUUAAUGUGGUGAUUUAAAUAGGGUCAUUUCUUCAUUCACAGUGGACUUUCAUUCAUUUCUUUCAUGAAAAUAAAUUUUAUAUAUAUAAAAAAC